AGGAAAUGGACAGAAAAAAAUAGCCAAAAACACUAACUGAGUUCAGAAUCGUGACCGUUGAUUGCACUAAUAGAGCAGAGGGCUUAGAAGAAACAUGAUACGUACAUCGGUCCCACGGUUGUUUGAAUAAGACAGACAAAAAAGCAAUCAAAAAAUAAACAGUCUGGCGUGUUUGUGUGUGUAUUUACGGCGAGACAGUUUAAGCAACAUGGCGACAGUGGGAAUCCAGCGUACUCUAUUCGCCGCCCUGAAGCUUCUGACUGUGUUGCUGGCCUUGGUUCUGAUGAUUGUUGUUAUUACAACUUUGACCUUCCCGUCCUACCAAACCUCCCCACCGGAGUGUAAGACCACCGACCCUGACUUCAUCCCUGCCGAUGAGGAAAGACUAGCCCGUUUCAGCUCAGCCAUUCAGUUCCAAACCGUGUCUUAUGAACGCGGCGUGGGGACACCACAGGAGUUACUCAAGUUCGUCCGGUUUAUCCAGGACGGUUUCCCGACGAUCCACAGCUCACCGUUGGUCCGGAGGGAAGUGGUCGGGAACUACAGCUUGUUGUACCGAGUGGAAGGGUCGGACGGCUCGCUAGAACCCUACAUGUUGGCGUCUCACCUAGACGUGGUGCCCAUCACACAGGAAACUGACUGGGAGGCACCGCCAUUUUCGGGACAGGUCCGAGACGGGUACAUCUAUGGGAGAGGGACGCUAGACGACAAGCAUAACGUAAUGGGGAGUCUAGAGGCGGUGGAGUUUCUCCUAUCGAGAGGACAUGAGCCCAAACGUACUUUGUACCUCGCCUUCGGACACGAUGAGGAGAUAGGUGGUCAUUUCGGGGCAAAGGUUAUCAGUGACGUGUUGACUCAGAGGGGAGAGAAAAUAGCAUUCAUCCUGGACGAAGGAACUCCGGUAGGAGAUGGUCUUAUGCCCGGUGUAGACAAACUUGUUGCCCUCGUCAGUGUUGCUGAGAAAGGAUUCUUGCAGCUGCGCCUAGAGGUGAAAGAAGAAGGCGGCCACGCCUCCAUGCCUAGAUCCGAGUCAGCUAUCGGAAUCCUAUCCAGAGCCAUCAGUAAGCUUGAGGACAACCCACACCCUAACUUGUUCGGCACGGGUCCGGAGAUGCGCACGUUGGAGUACGUUGCCACGGAGAUGACCCUACCUUACCGGAUCUUGACCGCUAACCUGUGGCUCUUCUCUCCAUUGGUCGCCUGGGUGUACGCACGAAAACCACAAACCAACGCGUUCGCUCGGACGACGACCGCCGUGACGCGUUUCAACGCGGGGGUCAAGGACAACGUCAUCUCACCGGAGGCCGUGGCCGUCAUAGACCACCGGAUACAUCCAAUGUCAAGUGUGGAGGAAGUGAUGGAACAUGACCUAAAGGUCAUCAAUGAUCCCAGGGUUAAGAUUAAUGUUAUAAACAGUCUGGAACCUGCUCCGACCUCACCUUACGGGAAGGAUUCUCCUACAUAUAUGUUGCUUCAGGAGACUAUUCAGCAGAUCUACCCAGAUGCCCUGGUGACCCCCACCUUCAUGAUUGCCAACACGGACACACGGCACUACUGGAACCUGAGCAGCGCCAUCUACCGGUUCAACCCAUGUGUCAUGACACCGUCCGAUCUCCCGAGAUUCCACGGGCUGAACGAGAGGAUCUCUGUGAGGGAUUACGAGAGAGUCAUGAACUUUUACUAUCACCUCAUCGUGAAUAUGGAUAAACCUUUGGAAGUCAAAAGACAUGUACAUGAUGAAGAUCUGUAGAAAAAUCCGUUCUAAGCGUUUGGUUCUGCCAGUAUAUUAACAGGUUCUCCAGCUGAUAAUUUAUAAUGUAGUCAGCUCUUUCGAAAUUUUGAAUGCAUCGAAUACUGCACAAUACGGGUGCUUUAAUCCUUUGGACGGUUUGCCAUAUAAUCAGCGGUUUAUUCAGUAAACUUGAGGGAAUGUCCAAAAGUGACAGCCAAAGCCGAAUUAUUUACUGCAAUAAAAUGAAAAUAUAUAAUUUGAAAUGAUGCAAAAUAUUUGGGUAAGAAUUACAAAAUUAAA